CAAUGACGACCCCACGCACCAAAAACCCCGUCCCCGCGUGGCUCGAGAACCCAUACCCCCGCGUCGAGCACUCGCUCAUCUCCUUCCCCGCGAAACAUAUCCUCCAGGUCACCAUAAAUCGCGAGCAGUACAUGAACUGCCUCCCCGUCGAAGCAACUAUCGAGCUGGGUGCGCUGUGGAAAUGGUAUGAUGCGGAGCCGGAGCUAAGAUGUGCGGUGUUCACGGGCGCUGGCAAAAAGGCCUUCUGCGCAGGCAUGGACCUCAAGCAACGCCUCGACCUCAUCAAGACCAACGACGUCGCCCAUGACUACCCGCAUGGUGGAUUCGCGGGCAUGAGCAAUCGGACGGGGAAGAAGCCGAUUGUGGUGGCUUGUAAUGGACAUGCACACGGCGGCGGCUUCGAAGCAAUCCUGAACGCAGACGUAAUAUUCGCGUCGCCAAACGCCACGUUCGCUCUACCAGAGGUCCUACGCGGUGUUUCUGCACUCGCUGGUGCUCUGCCCCGGGCGAUGCUGCUCUUCGGAAAUCACAGGACUAUGGAUCUGAUCUUGACUGGGCGGCGGAUGUCGGUAGAGGAAGCUGUGAGCUGGGGGUUGGUAAAGGAAAUUGUGCCGCAGGAGCAGCUGCUAGAAAGGGCCAUUGCGUAUGCGGUUGAGAUUGCGGAGAAGAGCCCCGACAGCGUUAUCAUCUCGAGGCUGGCGGCACGAGAAGCGUGGGAAACGGGUGUCAGUCGCGCGACGAUGCGAGGGCAGGAGAUCUACAGCGAGGCUAUGUUGAGAAGUAGGAAUGCUGCGGAGGGGUUGGCGGCGUAUAGAGAGAAGAGGGAUCCAAAGUGGUUGCCUUCGUAUUUGUAG